AUGAGCAUAUUCAAGAAUGUUUCUGUGGCACAUCUUGAGCUGGAGCAUGCGAAAAUCUUAAUAUUUCUUAAAUUUUCCUUGGACCAACGAGUUGCAAAUUGGAAGAAGUCGAAAAAGCUCAUGUCUGGUAACCUUUUGUGUGUUACUGUUGAGGGCGAUUUUUCAGAUCCUAUAUGGCUCACCGUUGCUGAUCGAGAUGAGGUUCUUCUAGAAAAGCAUAGCGUUAUUGGAGUAGAAUUGAUAUCAUUCCACAGCUCAGAUGCUGAUACUGCUGAUAAUGUUAAGAAGUUGCUGUUUAAUUCUGGCAAAAUGAUCAUGGCAGAAAGCCCUACAUAUUUUCAAUCUUUUAAACAUGUGUUGAAUAGUCUUCAGUACUCAGAAAUUGGCAACUUUCCUCUUGCCGAUGAGAUUAUUCAUGGUAGUUUCAAACAGUAUGAAGGUUGUCGUAAUUUGAUUUCACCAUACUUGAAAGAUGUGGAAUAUGAAAAAUUGGAAGAAAACCAACGAAAUGCUUUUGUCCAUGCUUUAGCUAGUACUUUGGGUAUCAUUCAAGGACCUCCUGGUACAGGAAAGACCUUAGUUGGUGCAAAACUUGCCAAAAUAUUACUUUGUUUGCAGAAAGAUAACAAACUCAACAACUUACUUAACCAGGGACAGACUCCUUUGAACUAUGCUGAUGAAAAUCAUGAGGGAAAUAGUGCCUCAAAAAAUGAGGAUAACCCACGGGCAUACUCAUACUUACGUACAAAAAUCAUGCACUUGAUGAGUUCCUACUGCACUGCAUAA